AUGUCUCAAAAAUUAACGAUCGGAAUCUUUGGGCCCUUUGCAGUUGGUAAAACAUCAAUAUCUGUACAAUUUGUGGAGAAUAAAUUCUCUGAAGUCCAUGAUCCAACCAUUGAGGAUUAUUUCGAAACGACACGAAAUGUUAAAGGCAUUGUUUCUAAUAUUACAAUUUUGGAUACAGCGGGACAAGAAACUUAUCAAUCACUACUGUCAGACGCCAUGAGUGAAGCAGAAGGAUUCAUUCUCGUUUCCACUGUUCCAGUGAUUUUGGUGGGAAAUAAGUGCGAUUUAGAAUCGGAACGAGUCGUCUCCAAAUCGGAAGGAGAGGAAAUUGCAAAAAGUGUAGGAUGUCCCUUUGUUGAAACCUCUGCAAAAACAGGACUCAAUAUUGAUCAUGUCUUUGAACAAAUUGUAUUAAUGGUUCGGAAAAGUAAGGGAUUGGCUCUUGGUAAUGGAAUUUCUGCCCAUGAGGUGCCUACGGGAGGUGGUGCCAAUAAUUCCUUAUUGAAUGCUUCAAAUAGUGGUGGUGGUAGCGGUUCGAAUAGUAGUUCCUCUUCUCCUUCUUCACCAAAAGUGAACAAACGAAAGAAUUCAAAGGAAACGUCAGGAAAUUCGGCAAGUCCUUCUAAAAAGAAGGAAUGUCAAGUGCAAUAA